AGUACCCACUUUACUUCCUCUUCCAUUCUAUUCUCUGCUUCCUAGUCUCCCAAUUAUUUCCAACCCGACCGGUAGCAGGUUGUUCUAAUCGCAGUUUGGGAGAAAGGGAAACUGUGGACGUGUGUGCUCCAGCUCAUCCGUCAUGGCGUCCCAAACCCCAGCCGUUGUCAUGGACAACGGUACUGGAUACUCUAAAUUAGGUUUCGCCGGUAACGACUCACCUUCAUUUGUCUUCCCUACCGCAAUUGCUACCAAAUCUGGCGCUGGAAGUGCCAAGCCUCCUGUUGCCAACAAACCUGGGUUCUUGUCUGCAGGUGGUGGGGCAGGCUCACACUUGUCUUCGAAGCGUGGUACAGAAGACUUGGAUUUCUUCAUCGGCGAUGAAGCUCUAGCUGCUGCCAAUGGCCCUGGAUAUGGAAUCAACUACCCCAUCCGACAUGGUCAGAUUGAGAAUUGGGAUCACAUGGAACGGUUCUGGUCGAACUCGAUCUUCAAGUACCUGCGCGUCGAGCCGGAGGACCACUACUUCCUACUCACUGAACCUCCCCUGAACCCGCCCGAGAACCGUGAGAACACCGCGGAGAUCAUGUUCGAGUCGUUCAACUGCGCUGGUCUUUACAUUGCGGUCCAAGCCGUGCUUGCGCUCGCUGCCUCGUGGACUUCUUCUAAAGUAACCGAUCGAUCCCUCACAGGAACCGUUAUUGACUCGGGUGAUGGUGUCACCCAUGUCAUUCCCGUCGCGGAAGGCUACGUCAUCGGAUCCUCUAUCAAAAGCAUACCCAUUGCCGGUCGAGACAUCACGUAUUUCGUACAAAGUUUGCUUCGUGACCGAGGAGAGCCCGAUAGUAGCUUGAAAACCGCCGAGAAGGUUAAGGAAGAGUAUUGUUACGUGUGCCCGGACAUUGUCAAGGAAUUUGCCCGCUAUGAUCGCGAGCCGGAUCGACUCCUCAAACAUACUGUCACCUCGCCCAACGGCCGGUCCGUGAACAUCGAUGUCGGAUAUGAGCGUUUCCUUGCCCCCGAGAUCUUCUUCAACCCUGAAAUCUACUCUUCCGACUUUUUGACUCCGCUGCCGACCGUUGUCGACGGUGUGAUCCAGUCUUCCCCUAUCGAUGUUCGGAGAGGCCUUUAUAAGAACAUUGUCCUGUCCGGAGGAUCUACGCUAUACAAAGAUUUUGGCCGGCGUCUGCAGCGUGAUAUCAGGCACCUGGUCGAUGCUCGCAUUCGCGCGUCCGAAGCUCGCAGCGGUGGCGCCAGGAGUGGUGGUUUGGAUGUGGCUGUGGUGACGCACAAGAGGCAGAGACAUGGUCCAUGGUUCGGAGGUAGCUUGUUGGGUCAGACCCCAGAGUUCCGCAGCUACUGCCACACCAAGGCAGAAUACGAUGAGAUCGGCCCCAGCAUUGUCCGGAGGUUUGCCCUUCUCGGAGGUCCAGGCAGCUCGUAA